CAUUGAGAUGAGUAGAAAAGCGACUGCUGCGAAGCGAAGAACUGUAUGUUUAGAUGUGGAGCUUUGUCAGAGAAGAAGCGGAGUGUUCAUUUGUUUUGCUGAUUCUUCAUUUUCUUCUGCUUUCCUACUAAGUUAGAGUUCUGUUUUGUUGUUCAAGUGUAUUUAACUGUUGAAGCUGUUUUAUGGCAAGGUAAAAGCAACGGUAUGUUGGUUUGUUGAAAUCCUACAAAAGUCAAAGUGCUGUUUCACGGAGGUUGUGAAUCGAUACAGGCUCAAAUGCGUGUGUUUCAUCAUCGACGUGACCGCAGCGAGCCCUUCUGAGGAUUAAAACUCGAUAUUUAUAUGCAUGCAACUGAAGAUACGGGACAGGAACUGGAAUUACGGGGCUCUGGUGUCUGAAGCAGCGUGGACACGAAUUCAGUGCACUCAAAUGGAUCGCCAUUCCAGUUUAAUUUCUCUUUGGCUGCAACUGGAGUUAUGUGCUAUGGCAAUCUUGCUGUCAAAAGGAGAGAUCAGGUGCUACUGUGAUGCUCCCCACUGCGUGGCAACGGGUUACAUGUGCAAGUCUGAGCUGAACGCCUGCUUCAGUAAACUGCUGGACCCUCAAAACACAAAUUCCCCUCUAACACAUGGCUGUUUGGACUCUAUUGCAAGCACAACAUCCGAGAUGUGCCGUGCUAAAGUGACUGAGAACCACGCAGGACUCUCGGCUAAGCUGGAGUGUUGUCAUGAUGAUAUGUGCAAUUACAGAGGACUGCAUGAUGUGCUCUCUCAUGCCAGGGGCGAUGUUUCAGAUCAUAGCACAAGAUAUCAGCCAGACAGCAGCAGAAAUCUAAUCACCCGAGUUCAGGAUUUGACAUCCUCCAAAGAACUGUGGUUCAGGGCAGCUGUGAUCGCUGUCCCCAUCGCCGGGGGACUCAUCUUGGUGCUCUUAAUUAUGCUGGCUUUGCGGAUGCUGCGCAGUGAGAACAAGAGACUGCAAGACCAGAGACAGCAGAUGCUCUCUCGCUUACACUACAGCUUUCAUGGACAUCAUACAAAAAAGGGCCAAGUUGCUAAGCUGGAUUUGGAGUGCAUGGUGCCCGUAACAGGCCAUGAGAACUGUUGCCUGACCUGUGAUAAAAUGCGCCAGGCUGACCUUGGCAAUGAUAAAAUACUGUCUCUGGUCCACUGGGGGAUGUACAGUGGACACGGGAAAUUGGAAUUUGUAUGACUUGUUUGAAAAAAGGAACAAGGAGAACUGAGAAGCAAGCCCUUUUGUUUUAGGUUUCUCUGCGGAGCACUUUACUUGAAAAUAGAACAUUUUAAAAAUGGUCGGGGUGGGGGUGUAAUUUAAAUGGAAAGAAGAGGACCUGUUUUAACUGAUGGAGAAUUUUGGAUUUUAUGAUUAUUUUUUAAUUGUUGAAGGAUUCCAAAUAUUGUUUUAUUUGCACACUUUUGUAUAAAAACAAAACAAAAAAACAUUCUUUUGUUUUAAAGAAAAUAGAAGAUGCACAGUGAUAGCAGACUAAAGAGGCUACUCCUGAGACAGACCCACAAAAGAAUAAACAAAUGUAGACUCUU